AUGUCUACCGAGAAGAUUGAGCACACCAUGACCGAAGAUCGCGACAGUGGCAAUGGUUCGCCAUUGAGUCGUCAAAUGACUGUCGCACUCACACCCGAACAAUACGAAAGGUUGUUCUUCCAGCCUGAAGGACCCAAACGUGGAGACUUUUCCAAAAGAUUCGGUAUGGUCUUGCAUGCUACCUUUGUGUGGUCUUCAUUUCUAAUAUCGACAUANGCCAACCCUACUCUUCUUGGUCUGCUUGGCUUNUUAAUCCCAUACACAUCCACCAUCUUCACCCUUUGUGGUCUGCGAGGUGCCGUGGCACCCACCAGUCUCAUCGGCUUGAACGGUGACUACUACUUCCUCGGCGCCAUUGCGAUGAACCUCGCCGGAGUUGCAGAAUUCAUUCUUGGAAACAGUAUGUUGAACUCAUGA